AACAGUCGGGAGAGGGAGAGGUGCCUUCCUGUGGAAAUAGUUGCCAUCAAUCAGAUCUCAAACUUUUAGCUGUAAAACAAGAUGUCGUUGUUGCUAGCCUGGCAUUCUUGGAUGGCCACUGCUCUGGAUAACAACUCCAUUCUGGAAACGUCUGAUCCUCAAGGACUGCUGGCUUCAUCAUGAACUGUGGCUAGAAGCACCAUGCUAACCCAUGCCUCCUUAUCUGACCCCACACAGAGUCUGUCUAAGGUUGACAUAACCACUAGCACUUUUGUGAAGAACUGAGUUCCCAGGAGGAAGGAAGAAGUCAAGUUACCGAACACCGUGUUGUACUCUUUAUUCUAGCUUCUGUGAAUGAGCCAAACCCCAAAGCCACGUUCUGUGAAUGAGUUCACCCAAUGGCCUUGCUUGGCAUGCAAGCUCCAGGGAAGCCUCACCGCCCACCAUCUCCACCCCAGGACGACCUAUCACGCUCCUUCAGGACCUCGAAGCAGGGCGUUUCCGUCUUAAGCUAGCUCUGGACUCUGCUUACCUCCCGCUCAGUGCAGAGGACACGCCAACCCUGAAGAGUGUGGCUGAGGCAACUUCAGCACCUUUGGACUUGAAGAUGGCCCCUUUCCAGACCAAUAAGGAACUGAUUUCUACAGGGAUAAAGGAGUUUAAUGUUCUGCUGAAUCAGCAGGUCUUUAAUGACCCUCUCAUCCCUGAAGAGAGCAUGGUGAUUGUGGUGGAUGACUGGGUAAACCUGUACAUCAACUAUUACAAGAACCACGUGCUUGGGGAGCAGCAGGAAAAAGACAAGGUGCUGCAAGAACUCCAGCAAGAGCUGAGUACUUUGGGCAGUCAGUUUCUGACCAAAUAUAGGACCAUUCUGAAGACCAGAGAGCCCUCAAACAGAGAACUGCCCUCCUCAUAGCCGAAAGGUUGAAGGUAUCACGCCUAAGAACCCUGAAGUCUUGACUCUGGAUUGUGUCUCCAGACUAUUCUCUCAUGGCGUUGCUGGACCUUGACAUCUCAAUAAAGACCAAUACGAAUU